AUGGGGACCCGAAUAAAAUGGUUAAUUACUACCUCAUUGAUAAUUUGGUUUGGACAACUAACAUAUGCGCAAUUCUGGUCGGACCUCUCCAACACCGGCGGCGUGGGUCUUUUCAAACGUGCCGAUGAGGAUCACCCACGGCACACGCAACCACGGAUCGAUCCGAGCUACAGCAUCAUAGACCCUGCCAGCGGACCCCAGGGCCCUCCAUCGAAAAACUGCACUUCCGGCGGCUGCUGCUUGCCAAAAUGUUUCGCCGAGAAAGGCAACCGUGGCCUACCCGGUCCGGCCGGGCUGAAGGGAGGCAAGGGUGUUCGCGGGUUCCCCGGAUCGGAGGGUCUGCCGGGCGAAAAGGGCUCGAAGGGUGAGCCGGGACCGAUGGGCUUGAUUGGCCCCAAGGGAGACCGGGGUCGGGACGGUUUACCUGGUUACCCGGGUAUUCCUGGCACGAAUGGAGUGCCCGGAAAUCCGGGAACACCCGGCCUGCCCGGACGCGAUGGCUGCAAUGGCACGGACGGACUGCCCGGAUUGCCCGGUUUGGCUGGAUCGCCUGGUCCCCGCGGAUAUGCCGGUAGUCCCGGAUCGAAGGGUGACAAGGGUGAGCCGGCGCGUCACCCGGAGAACUACAACAAGGGUCAAAAGGGUGAGCCAGGACUGGAGGGCCUCGAGGGACUGCCUGGACCGGUCGGAGAGCCGGGAGUGCGCGGUUACCCGGGAACGCCCGGCGACAAAGGUGUGCCUGGACUGCCGGGAGUGAAGGGUGAGCGCGGCGACAAGGGCGAGUGCAUCAAGGGCGCUAAAGGUGAGAAGGGUGCCAAGGGCCAGGAGGUGUACGAAGCGUCGGGCUCGACGACAACGACCGGACCGAAAGGUGAUAAGGGCGAUCGAGGCGAACCGGGUGAACCGGGACGGCCGGGUGACAAGGGCCAGGCGGGUGACCGCGGUCAGGUCGGUGAUCGUGGACACAAGGGCGAGAAAGGACUUCCAGGACAGCCAGGACCUAGGGGGCGUGAUGGCAAUUUUGGACCGGUAGGACUCCCCGGACAGAAAGGUGACCGUGGCUCGGAAGGAUUGCACGGAUUGAAGGGUUCAACCGGACCGAAGGGAGACGCCGGACGUGAUGGUUACCCUGGCCAGCCAGGUAUUGCCGGUCCUCCGGGAGCCCCCGGUGGCGGUGAAGGACGCCCAGGAGCGCCGGGACCGAAGGGACCCCGUGGUUACGAAGGCCCACCGGGACCGAAAGGUAUGGAUGGAUUCGAAGGCGAAAAAGGUGAACGAGGCCAGAUGGGUCCGAAGGGAGGCCAAGGAUUGCCAGGACGGCCCGGUCCCGAGGGUAUGCCUGGUGACAAGGGAGACAAGGGUGAACCCGGAUCGGUUGGCAUGCCAGGACCGAUGGGACUGCGAGGAUACCCCGGACAGCCCGGACAGGAAGGACUUCGCGGUGAACCUGGACUGCCCGGAAUUGGUGCACCUGGACCGAAGGGUAAUCCUGGUAUGGCAGGAUUCCCCGGACUGAAGGGACAGAAAGGAGAACGCGGCUUCAAGGGUGUCGUGGGUGUACCCGGUGACGCGAAAGAAGGACGCCCCGGAGCCUCCGGUAUGCCAGGUCGCGAUGGCGAGAAGGGAGAACCGGGCCGACCAGGACUUCCAGGGACCAAGGGUGAGCGUGGCCAGAAGGGAGAGCUUGGAGGACGGUGUACCGACUGCCGACCGGGCCUGAAGGGCGACAAGGGCGAACGCGGAUAUGCGGGUGAACCGGGACGUCCGGGUGUGAGUGGAGCGCCGGGUGAACGAGGCUACCCUGGAGUACCGGGCGACGAUGGACCACUGGGCCAGCGAGGAGAACCAGGACCGAAGGGUGAGCCGGGUCUGCUUGGACCACCAGGACCUUCCGGAGAACCAGGCCGUGAUGCGGAGAUAUCGUUAGAUCAGCUCAAGCCAAUCAAGGGAGACAAGGGUGAUACGGGCGAGAGGGGUCUGGUAGGCGUCAAGGGCGAGAAGGGCUACAGUGGACCAGUAGGACCUGAAGGCAAGCCGGGCCUACCCGGUCUAAAGGGUGAAAAGGGACGACCUGGUGAAAUGGGUGUCGAUGGAAUGCCGGGAGCACCAGGAAAGGAUGGUCUCCCCGGACGACAUGGGCAGACGAUUAAGGGAGAAGCGGGUCUUAAGGGCAACGUAGGCUACACGGGCGAUAAGGGUGAUAAGGGCUACGCCGGGUUGAAGGGAGAGCCGGGUAAGUGUGCCGAUAUAGCCCAGAACAUUAUGGAUGCCAUUCGCGGGCCUCCAGGACCUCAGGGUGAGAAAGGUGCACCGGGUGUGCAUGGUGAGCGAGGCGAUAAGGGUGAAAUGGGCCUGCAGGGACGGACAGGACUUCCAGGAAAUGCGGGUCCACCGGGCGCUCCGGGACCGGUAGGUCCUCGUGGUUUGACUGGUAAUCGCGGUGAGAAGGGUAACACGGGACCGGUGGGGCCACCAGGCUCGCCAGGACGUGAUGGUAUGCCCGGAACUCCCGGAAUGCCCGGUACGAAGGGUUCUAAGGGAGAUCCGGGUCUGUCGAUGGUUGGCCCACCGGGACCGAAGGGUAACACUGGUUUCCGGGGACCGAAAGGCGAUCGAGGAGGCAUGGGCGAUCGAGGCGAUCCUGGACUGCCCGGAUCGGUUGGCUAUCCAGGCGAGAAGGGUGACGCAGGAGUUCCUGGACAGCCAGGAUUUCCGGGAGAGGUUGGCCCCAAGGGUGAACCGGGUCCCGCUGGCCCUGCAGGACAUACGGGAGCACCCGGAAGACCUGGAAUGGAUGGCGUUAAGGGACUCCCGGGAUUGAAGGGAGACGUCGGUGCACCAGGUGUGAUUGGACUGCCAGGACAGAAGGGAGAGACCGGCCAGGCGGGUAACGAUGGACUGAAGGGCUUCAAGGGACACAAGGGUAUGAUGGGUCUGCCGGGUAUACAGGGUAUGCGGGGUCCACAGGGCGCGAAGGGUGAACCAGGUGAGAAAGGAGAUCGAGGUGAAAUCGGCAUCAAGGGACUUCCGGGACCGUCUGGUCCACCUGGUUUACUUGGACCGAAGGGAGACAAAGGUCUUUCCGGUCUACCGGGUCCCGCUUGCCUCCCAGGACUUGGCGGUGAGAAGGGCGACAAGGGUUACUCAGGACCGGAAGGUCCUCCUGGAGAGCCGGGAGCAGCGUCGGAGAAGGGUCAGAAGGGAGAGCCAGGUGUACCAGGACUGCGCGGAAACGAUGGACUUCCGGGACUCGCGGGACCGACGGGACCGAAGGGAGACGCUGGCGUUCCCGGCUACGGUCGUCCGGGUCCGCAGGGCGAAAAGGGUGACGUUGGAUUGACUGGCAUCAAUGGAUUCCCCGGCCUGAACGGUGUCAAGGGUGACAUGGGCGUGCCCGGAUUCCCCGGUGUCAAGGGUGAUAAGGGUAUGACCGGUCUGCCCGGUAUCCCCGGAGCACCUUGCGUGGAUGGACUGCCUGGUGUCGAAGGCCCAAUGGGACCGCGAGGCUACGACGGCGAAAAGGGCUUCAAGGGUGAACCAGGACGUAUCGGUGAACGCGGCGAGCGAGGAGAAAAGGGUGACCAGGGUCUCACCGGACCUGUCGGUUUGGUGGGUCUUAAGGGAGACCGAGGACUUCCAGGAACUCCGGGACCUUCAGCGACAGUUAGCGCCAUCAAGGGAGACAAGGGAGAGCCAGGUUUCCCAGGCGCGGUUGGACGCCCUGGAAAGGUCGGAGCACCAGGACUACCGGGUGAGAUGGGCGUGAAGGGUGAGGCCGGUUUCCAGGGUCUGCCCGGACUUCCGGGACCGCCAGGAUUGAACGGACUGCCGGGUAUGAAGGGAGACAUGGGACCGCUCGGCGAAAAGGGUGACACUUGCCCAGUGGUGAAGGGCGAAAAGGGUCUUCCGGGACGGCCAGGUAAGACGGGUCGCGAUGGGCCGCCAGGUCUGACGGGCGAAAAGGGUGACAAGGGUAUCGCGGGUCUUCCCGGACCGACCGGACCUCCUGGACCUCCGGGACCGCUUGGACGUCAAGGUGAAAAGGGCGACCGAGGUGACACUGGUCUGGUCGGACGACCGGGUAAGGAUGGUUUCCCAGGUGCUCCAGGGCAGCGUGGCCUUCCGGGAUCGCAGGGUGAAAAGGGUGACCAGGGACCUCCUGGCUUCCUUGGACCUAAGGGUGACAAGGGCGAACGGGGACGCGAUGGACUGAACGGAAUGAAUGGCCCGCAGGGACUCAAGGGUGAACGUGGUCUGCCAGGAUUGGAGGGCGUAGCCGGACUUCCGGGCUUGGGAGGUGAAAAGGGUGACCGGGGUCUACCGGGAAUGGCCGGUCUAUCCGGACCACCGGGAGAGAAGGGUCAGAAGGGAGAGACACCGCAACUCCCGCCGCAGCGCAAGGGACCUCCAGGACCGCCGGGAUACAAUGGCCAGAAAGGUGACAAGGGACUGCCUGGAUUGGCAGGACCGCCAGGCAUUCCUGGAGCUCCUGGUGUACCAGGUGAGAUGGGUCUGCGCGGUUUCGACGGUGCCCGGGGUCUUCAAGGACUUCGUGGAGACGUUGGUCUCGAGGGACGUCCUGGACGCGACGGAGCGCCUGGUCUUCCAGGACCAAAGGGUGAGCCGGGUCGUGACUGCGAAUCAACGCCGUACUGGUCCGGUAUCCUGGUCGUGCGCCACAGCCAGACGGAGGAUAUUCCGGUGUGCGAACCGGGCCACCUGAAACUGUGGGACGGCUACUCGCUCCUGUAUGUGGACGGCAACGACUUCCCACACAACCAAGACCUCGGAUCGGCCGGCUCAUGUGUACGCAAGUUCUCUACACUGCCGAUCUUGUCCUGCGGACAGAAUAACGUGUGCAACUACGCUUCACGUAACGACCGGACGUUCUGGUUAUCGACGACCGCGCCGAUUCCGAUGAUGCCGGUCUCCGAAAACGAGAUGCGACCGUACAUCUCCCGGUGUACGGUGUGUGAGGCCCCGGCGAAUGUCAUCGCCGUCCACAGUCAAUCCCUUCACAUUCCCAACUGCCCGAACGGAUGGGAGAGUAUGUGGAUUGGUUACAGCUUCCUCAUGCACACGGCCGUGGGUCAUGGAGGCGGCGGACAGUCACUAUCCGGAUCCGGUUCGUGUCUGGAGGACUUCCGAGCCACUCCGUUCAUCGAGUGCAACGGAGGCAAGGGUCACUGCCAUUACUAUGAGACGCAAACCUCUUUCUGGAUGGCGACGAUCGAGGAUCACCAACAGUUCCAGCGGCCGGAACAGCAAACGAUCAAGGCUGGCAACUUACUCUCCCGAGUAUCGCGAUGCCAAGUGUGCAUGCGUCGUCCUUAA